AUGGCGGGGAUGGUGGCGGUAAUGAUGGCCUUGAUGGAGGCACUGACGGCAGCGAAGAUGGCGGGGAUGGUGAUGGUUUGUCAUGAAACGGCGGGGAUGGUGGUGGCAAGUAAGGAACUGGUGGGGUUUCCGGUGGUGGUUGUGGCCACCAGGGGAGUGGCGGCCAUGGCCAAUGCCAUGAACCCCAGUUUUGGGUUGGUGUAUCAUCAUCAGAGUCCAAAACCCGAUGGUUCUUCAAUAUUUUCUCAUAUAGGAGACCCCAACCCGAUCUUGGCAACUGAAAGGUUGGACCACACUGCUGCUGCUGCACCAAAGUUACACGGAGGAUUUGGUGUUGUUUAG